CUUUCUCUUAUUUUUUGAACAAUGCAUCUAAAUAUAAAUCACUUGACAAAAAAUCCAAUCGUGCUGGUCUCAGUAGUGAUGGCAGUGGUUGGUUGGUUCAUUGCAUUUAUAGGUGCCUGUAUUUUAGGUGCCUCUGCUGGUGGAUUUUGGUGGACCGUUAUUUUCGAACUAUUACUUGUAGCUGGACUCUUGUUUAGUAUCUUCAAAAAAGUAUUCCAUCAAUAUAAAGUCAUGUUCCUCGUAUUCUUAGCUGUUAGUAUUGCAAUGUUAACCGGUAAUAUCGAUGGAUUAAUGCACCAAUAUACAGGUGGAGCACAGGCCGCUGGUGCUGGCGCUGUGAUUCUUAUUGUCAUGCAGUUUUUCUGGGUUAUUCUUUUUGGCAGUACAGAAGAAUCAGCUGUGUAUCAAUUCGUUUACUCGGGACUGGCUUCCAGCGUAUCACACAAUAGUAUGAACAAUAUGCAAUCCAGUGCUAAAGAAAGCAAAGUAGCUUUAUCUUCUCCAGAAGCAAAUAGUCACUAUAGUCAACACCAACCUUCUAUCGCGAGUAUUCCUGCACCUCAUAUGACACCACCUCCCACCACACCUCACCAAACAUUUAUGGCCACAGCACUUCACCCAUGUUAGUAUGAUUUUCCUUGUUUUUAUCCUCUCCUGAUUUUCUUAACCUGUAAUUAAAUUAAUAGAUCAAGCUAAUCCAGAGGACCCCAACGAGUUGACAUUUGCUAAGGAUGAAGUCUUAGAAAUCUUAAAUAAGAGUGGAAAUUGGUGGCAAGCAAAGAAAAUGGAUGGAAGAAUUGGUAUUGUCCCUUCAAACUAUUUUGCACAAUAAUAUUUUCCACCCCCUUUUUUUUCAUUUACACACACUACAUAAUUUAUAAUUACACUUCUAGAUUUCAAAAAAGUUUAGAAAUUCAUUAAUCGGAAAAUCAAAAGAAUCAAGUCGUUGAAGCCAAAAGAUAAAAGUAGUAUAAGCUCUCUGAGUCAUCGCUCUGUUUUCAGAUAUGUCAUAAUAAAAUUCAUCGCUAUUCUCUUUUUCCCCCAG